UUGAACCUCCCCAUCAUGCCGUCUGAUGCAAAGAAAAAACAAGCUCAAAAGAAAAAGGAUGCAGCUAAAGCACGACAAAGUGGUAAAAAACCGACAAACACCAGAACGGAAAACGGUGACAAAGAAUCCAGCCCUAGUGAUAUGAAUGGAACUCAAGAAGAAAACGGAUCUAUUGAAAUAAGUGCAGAAGAGGCUCUUUGUCAAAAACUGGAAGCUGAUGCAAAAUUAAAUGCUGAAGCACGUUCUUGUACUGGAAGUUUAGCUGUUCAUCCUCGUUCAAGAGAUGUUAAAAUUGACACUUUUUCGAUAACAUUUCAUGGCUGUGAAUUACUUCAGGAUACUUUACUGGAAUUGAAUUGUGGCCGGCGGUAUGGUCUUCUUGGACUUAAUGGAAGUGGUAAAUCUACAUUGUUAGCAGUAUUGGGUAAUCGUGAAGUUCCUAUCCCAGAUCAUAUUGAUAUAUUUCACUUGACUCGUGAAAUGCCUGCCUCGGAUAAAUCUGCGUUGCAGUGCGUUAUGGAGGUUGAUCAAGAAAGAGUUAGAUUGGAGAAGUUGGCAGAUGAAUUAGUUGCCUGUGAAGAUGAUGAAUCUCAGGAACAGCUGAUGGAUGUGUACGAGAGAUUGGAUGACAUGAGUGCAGACACUGCAGAAGCCAGGGCAGCCUAUAUCCUACAUGGUCUGGGCUUCACCAAAGAAAUGCAAAACAAGAAAACCAAGGACUUUUCAGGAGGUUGGCGUAUGAGGAUUGCUCUAGCAAGAGCCUUGUAUGUGAAACCUCACCUUCUCCUAUUGGAUGAGCCGACUAACCAUCUGGAUUUGGAUGCUUGUGUGUGGCUUGAAGAGGAACUCAAAACGUACAAAAGGAUAUUGGUUAUAAUUUCCCAUUCUCAAGAUUUCCUGAAUGGUGUGUGCACUAACAUCAUUCACUUAAAUAAGAAGAGGUUGAAGUAUUAUACAGGUAACUACGACGCCUUCGUACGGACUCGGCUGGAACUGCUGGAAAAUCAGAUGAAACAAUACAACUGGGAACAAGAUCAGAUUGCUCAUAUGAAGAAUUACAUAGCACGGUUCGGUCACGGCAGUGCUAAACUAGCAAGGCAAGCUCAAAGUAAGGAAAAGACGCUCGCAAAAAUGGUUGCACAAGGAUUGACGGAAAAAGUCACCAAUGACAAAAUUGUUACGUUUUAUUUCCCAUCGUGUGGGACGAUUCCUCCUCCUGUGAUCAUGGUCCAGAAUGUAAGUUUUCGAUAUACAGACAAUACUCCUUGGAUAUACAAAAAUCUAGAGUUUGGAAUUGACUUGGAUACAAGACUGGCUCUUGUAGGACCGAAUGGAGCGGGAAAGAGUACACUGCUGAAGCUGCUGUAUGGAGAUUUAAUUCCUUCAGAAGGUAUGAUUCGGAAGAACUCGCACUUGAGAAUUGCGAGGUAUCAUCAACAUCUCCACGAACUGUUGGACCUGGACAUUUCACCUUUAGACUACAUGCUUAAGUCUUUCCCUGAAGUUAAGGAGCGUGAGGAGAUGAGAAAAAUCAUUGGAAGAUACGGUCUAACUGGUAGACAACAGGUCUGCCCUAUACGGCAGUUGAGUGACGGCCAGCGUUGCCGGGUGGUGUUUGCGUAUCUGGCCUGGCAGUGCCCUCACCUGCUAUUGUUGGACGAGCCUACCAACCAUCUGGACAUGGAGACCAUUGAUGCCCUUGCAGACGCUAUCGCCGAGUUCGAAGGUGGCAUGGUGCUGGUUAGCCAUGACUUCCGUCUCAUCAGCCAAGUGGCUGAAGAAAUUUGGGUGUGCGAAAAAGGAACAGUUACAAAAUGGCAGGGAGGAAUCCAAGAAUACAAGGAACAUUUGAAACAGAAAAUUCUUAAAAAUGCAGCAAAAGAAGCAGCAAAAAAGAAAUAACCAAUUGGAUUGCUCGAGGGUUGCUGGUACACCUGAGCUUGAAAAUUUCCAAAAGGACACAAAUGUGAUGGCUUCGUUUUCUCCCAUCAGCAUGUUUGUUAAAAACUUCUACCACUGUUCUACUGAAAUUGUUUUUAUUUCUUUAAACUUUUAACCAAACAUCAGAUAUUUAUAUUUAUUUCUCCACUAAAAAUAAACAAUCUGGAUUAUA